UAAACAAAGACAGCGAUGGCUGCCGUUCAUCCUGAACCGCAGUAUACUGAACCGACGGAAACAUUGCCUUCAGGAUGGGAAUGCCGCUUUGAUCCGAGGACUGGCCGAAACUACUUUAUUAAUCAUCGUGAACACACAACAACAUGGGAGGACCCAAGAUUGCGGUAUCCGCAGCUGCAGCAGACAAGCUAUGCAAGGUAUUACCUCUAUGGGAGUGGCAAACCGACGCCGGGCCAACCAAAGCAAAAGUAUUUCCCAGAUGACCUAAUAACGGCUUACCCACCCUACUACGGUAUGGUAUAUUACCCUCCUCCUCCUCCGCCGGUCACCACCCUCCCAAACUCCAGAACAGGGUCACCACGGGAGGGAUUCUACACGACCGCAGCAAGGAAAGUGGGAACGUACUCACCCUACUUUGGAAGCCCAAGGGUUCCAUUUCGCUUUAAGUCUGAAACAACUACCGUCCCGGUUGAUGAACGGCUGCUGGUCAAGUUGUGCCUCCAGUUCCCUACGGUUGAGGAAGGACACAUCUUCACCCUGAUAAAGCAGUACAACAAUAGGGAGAAUGUUGUUGUUAGUGCUCUGAUGGCGGAGGGACACCCUCGUGCCCAGAUACAUCCAAAUGCUCAUGAGCACAUCUCACCGAAAUUACAAAAGAUUGAUGAAGGUAUCGUGUGCAAACUACAUGGAUAUUUUCCUAACGUAGACCCGGAACAAAUCCGAGCCCUCCUGUACAAGCAUAACAAUCAAGAGCACGAGGUGAUCAGAACUCUGGUAUCUGGACCUGGGAACUACAUAAUCAGACACCAGAGCUCUGCUUCGGGCUCACCCAAGAUGAAGCUGAGGUACCUUAAGCUGGUGUACCCAGAAGCAGACGAAGCUCUCCUUUUUAACAUGCUCUACAACUGUGAUAACAAUGCCCAAGAAGCGAUAACACGCUUGGGAGACAUGGGCUACAAGAAAAAAGACGCCCCCUUUGUCCGCCCGACCCCGAAGAAAACGCCCCCUCCUAAGCCCGUCGAAGUGCGCCGUCCUUCAGUAGUAAUUCCACCUAGUGGUGCAGACAGGCAGAAAGUGCUAAAUCGCCUCCAAGACCAGUUUGCUGCAGUGUCGCAGACAUUGCUUAACAUGGCUCUUGAGAGCAGUAACUACAAUGAGGAAAGAGCCGUGCAGUUCCUCAACGCCAUGACUCCCCAAGACAGCCGUCCUUUACCCGGAGCAACUGCAGAGGUGAAUAUGGGAGUGAGGGAAGCUACCGCAGAUUCAAAGGCAGCACCGUCCAGUGUAGGGAAGGGGGAUGCAUCGAAGGAUACUCCUGCUGUUAAAAUUCUGAGUGACAAGGCUACGUCUCCUCCGCCAAAGUCUGCGAGCGAGCGUUCCUUCAGGCCGAAAUUUCUUCGAAAAAUCUUCAAGUUCUCCAAGGGUACGAGCACGCACGAAGAUCAGCAGCCUCCGCCAGUUAACAGAAUAACUCCUAAGGGGCCCAACUCCUCUCUGCUUAGGGGACCCAAUGAUAGAAAUCUGUUGAGGGAGUACCUUCCCUGGAAAGGACCUGACCCGGACAACCGAAGGGGUCCAGACCCUGCUUUGCACCACGGCCCCGAUCCAAAGAACCUCACCACCAAAGACAGCCGAGCCAAGGGGUCGUUGUUCCGACGGGGGCCCCUGCGGGACAUCACCUUUAGGUCCUUACUGUCAUCCGAAAACUCUUCCGGCGACCAGCAGCCCUCAUAGUGAUUCUCGCAUUUGUGGCCACAAAGUAUCUCGUAGUACAUUCCGGCGCACAGUGCACCAACCCAUAGGGGUGUGCGCCUAGGGGGGUGUACUCGUUCUGAUACUUCGGGUUCCGUAACAGUAACCCGAUGCAGCUGAUCUCCGAUUGGUUCAUGUCACACCCAAUGCGAGGUCGUCGUUCCUAUCUCGCAGGGUUUGGUGCACGGAAAGUGUGUUUAAAGGAGUGACAUUUGGGAUUGCUCGAAGCCUCGCUUACUAUGCCGAGCGGUCUAUCGGAAGCAACCGCGCAAAAUAUUUUUGCCGAACAGUGUUUUCACCUCACCCAUUGUCUUACGGUAUCCAGGUAGAAUGGAGAGGUAUUCUAGAGGGUCACAACUGACAUAGCGUGAAAAACCGGGACAACGGGACGAGCACGACACAAACGCUUUCUACAACUGACUUUAUUCUACGCAGGAACAUUCGUUUUUAUAGCUAGAUGUUGACGACUUCCACUGUUCACUUUCAAGGAUUCCAGUUCUUUCGUCGAUAACUCAACACGCGGGUGGAAAGUGAACAGUGUUCACUUUUCAGAACCUUUAGAACAGAAAGUGAACAAUAGAAGUCGUCCACAUCUAACU